UCUCCGGGGCUGUGCUGGGGGAACGAGUCGCCUUGGGCACCGGCUGCUCGAGCGAGGGAAGGGCGCAAGACCGAGAGCCGGCACGGAGCGCAGCGCUGCAGUCUUGACGCGGCGCCUUUCUUUCCAGUGCGGCCGCCAUCCCAGCCCGGAGUUUGAAGAGCUGCUGCAGCUUCUUGUUUCCGCCGAGGAGCCGGGGAAACCGGGACUGUGAGCCGAGGAGGACCGCGCGCCUAUUGUUCCUCCGGGCACCAGCUGCGGGGUUUGGAGUGUUUGGGGGGCCGAUUCGGGCGCAUGCAGCGGGACCUGUUGUUGCGGCUCUUGUCGCGGGCAGAGUAGGGGGGCGACCCCCCCCCCCCACCACCAGCUUCCUUCUCCGGGAGCGGCUCAAGCCAGCGCGCAUUUGAAGAACUGACUGAACGGAACAAGUGAAGCUUCUGCUCCCUUUUGCAAACUGGACACCCAAGGUGCAAGUCCUCAUGGAGUCUGAGGGUUCAUUUGCCAACAAGUAGCAGGAGAACUGGGAUGUUUACCUGGAAGUCCCUCGUUCUUUGGGCUGUGCUGGUCACAGCCACACUGUCCAUUGCAAGACCGGCACAAACCCUGCCAGAGCAAGUUCUACCCAAAGCAAGCAAUGAAGUGGAGUCUUAUUCAGUUCACCCUGGCGAGCUCCUCCAGUUGCGCUGUCGGCUACGUGAUGAUGUUCAGAGUAUCAACUGGGUACGAGAUGGGGUCCAGCUGUCAGAAAACAAUCGGACACGCAUCACGGGGGAGGAGGUAGAGGUCAGGGACGCCGUGCCUGAGGACUCAGGGCUGUAUGCCUGCAUGACCAACAGUCCCUCGGGAAGCGAAACCACCUACUUCCUCGUGAAUGUCUCAGAUGCUCUUCCUUCUGCUGAAGAUGAUGAAGAUGAUGAUGAUUCCUCCUCAGAGGAAAAGGAAGCAGAUAGCUCCAGACUAAACCAAGCCAUAGCUCCCUACUGGACAUACCCUGAAAAGAUGGAGAAGAAGCUUCAUGCUGUUCCCGCUGCUAAGACCGUGAAAUUUAAGUGUCCGUCCAGUGGGACUCCUACCCCUACACUGCGCUGGCUGAAGAACGGCAAGGAGUUCAAGCCUGAUCAUCGGAUUGGUGGAUACAAGGUUCGUCAUGCAACCUGGAGUAUCAUCAUGGACUCAGUGGUGCCAUCAGAUAAAGGAAACUACACCUGCAUUGUGGAGAACAAAUAUGGGACCAUUAACCACACCUAUCAGCUUGAUGUAGUUGAGAGGUCACCACACCGCCCUAUCCUACAAGCAGGGCUCCCAGCUAACAAGACUGUCUCCCUGGGUAGCAAUGUGGAAUUUGUUUGCAAAGUUUACAGUGACCCUCAGCCUCACAUCCAGUGGUUGAAGCACAUUGAAAUCAAUGGAAGUCGAAUUGGGCCAAGUAGUUUGCCUUAUGUGCAGGUUUUGAAGCAUUCGGGAAUUAAUAGCUCCGAUGCGGAGGUGCUGACCCUGUAUAAUGUGACAGAGGCUGAAAGCGGGGAGUAUGUUUGUAAGGUUUCCAAUUAUAUUGGUGAGGCUAACCAGUCUGCGUGGCUCACCGUCACCAGACCCAUGGCUGCAGAUAUUGAUGACAAGCCUGCUAUGAUGACCUCCCCUCUGUACCUGGAGAUCAUAAUUUACUGCACAGGGGGCUUCCUCAUCUGCUGCAUGAUCGUAACCGUCAUCCUAUACAAGAUGAAGAGCACCACAAAGAAGACAGACUUCAACAGCCAGCUGGCUGUGCACAAGCUGGCAAAGAGCAUCCCACUGCGCAGACAGGUAACAGUGUCAGCUGACUCGAGCUCCUCCAUGAACUCUGGAGUGAUGCUUGUGCGUCCCUCACGGCUUUCUUCCAGUGGGACCCCAAUGCUGGCAGGUGUUUCUGAGUACGAGCUGCCGGAAGACCCUCGCUGGGAGCUUCCCAGAGACAGGCUGAUCCUGGGCAAGCCAUUGGGAGAAGGCUGCUUUGGACAGGUUGUACUGGCUGAGGCAAUAGGUCUGGACAAGGACAAGCCAAACCGUGUGACUAAAGUAGCUGUGAAGAUGCUGAAGUCCGAUGCCACUGAAAAGGAUCUGUCUGACUUGAUUUCUGAAAUGGAGAUGAUGAAGAUGAUUGGCAAGCACAAGAAUAUCAUCAACCUCCUUGGCGCUUGCACGCAGGAUGGCCCACUCUAUGUAAUAGUGGAGUAUGCAUCCAAAGGGAACCUGAGGGAAUACCUGCAGGCUCGGCGGCCCCCAGGCAUGGAAUACUGCUACAACCCUACCCAUGUCCCAGAAGAGCAGCUGUCCUUCAAAGACCUGGUGUCCUGUGCAUAUCAAGUUGCCAGGGGCAUGGAAUAUCUUGCAUCCAAAAAGUGCAUCCACCGAGAUCUGGCUGCCAGGAACGUACUGGUGACUGAAGACAGUGUGAUGAAGAUUGCCGAUUUUGGCCUGGCUAGAGACAUUCAUCACAUAGACUAUUACAAAAAGACAACAAAUGGUCGCUUGCCGGUCAAGUGGAUGGCCCCAGAGGCUUUGUUUGACAGGAUAUACACCCAUCAAAGUGAUGUAUGGUCCUUUGGUGUUCUGCUGUGGGAGAUCUUCACACUAGGUGGAUCACCAUACCCUGGCGUGCCAGUGGAAGAGCUCUUCAAGCUGCUGAAAGAGGGGCAUCGGAUGGACAAGCCCAGCAAUUGCACCAAUGAACUGUACAUGAUGAUGCGAGAUUGCUGGCAUGCUGUUCCUUCCCAGAGGCCCACCUUUAAGCAGCUGGUAGAAGAUUUAGAUAGGAUUGUGGCCAUGACCUCUAACCAGGAGUACCUGGAUCUCUCCAUGCCACUGGACCAGUAUUCUCCCAGUUUUCCAGAUACCCGCAGCUCAACCUGCUCUUCAGGAGAGGACUCUGUGUUUUCCCAUGAUCCCCUCCCAGAUGAACCAUGUCUCCCCAAACACCCACCUCAGCUUGCCAACGGCGGACUCAAAAGGCGCUGAUCCCAUAGCUUCCAUGUGACACUUGCGAGCCCUCUGUGCAUAUGAGUGCAAUGUGCGUGUGUUAAUGAGUGAUUGCACAUGCCUGUGUGUGCGUGUAUGCAUGUAUGCACUCCCCUUCCAGCAGGGCUGGUGGUGGAGGGCCACUUGGGAAGCCGUCAGUCAACUUUGGCUAUUGUAUUAAUGAAUUGUGAAGAAUUCAUUCUGAAUCACCAAACAUUUCAUCAUCUAAUCAUCUUCAAGCCAUCUUUACUGCAGUCCCUUGACAUCUGGGAUAGGCAUUUGCAGGAAAUGUGUGCUUGAGUAUUUCUCCAUGGAUUAAAGCUGAUCCUCCCUCCCCCCACCCUUUUUGGCCAGUGGCACCUAAACAAAACAAAGAGACCCAGAGACUGAUUUGUAGUUGGCACCUUGCUGUCACUUCUCUGAAAAGGACUCUGGGAAGAAUUUACAUUCCCUGGAGAAGAGGAGGUUUCCUUUCUUUUCUCCUUCUUUCUUGGAAACCCAAGGAACCAACUUUGGACAACUCAAUAAGCUAACAGCAGAGCUGGGAUCCAAAGUCCUUUUGCUGCACCAUGACCUUCUGGAUCCAGCUGGAAACAGGCAAGUGUUAAUGCAGUCAAGGGCCAUCACCAACGAACGAAGUGGCUGUUGGUAAGGGACGUUUCCAAACCAGGAUCACUACCGACAGCUUCUUAAUUCCACUUCUCUGAAUUUUUACAAAUUCAGGUACAGAAUCCACACAGCACUGACAUAAAGUGGCAGCCAAACAAAGCCAGUGCUAUGAUGACAAACAGCAACACAGAUAUUAUGUACAUAGCUGCAAAAUGUAUAAAUAUGAAUAUAUAUUUACAUGUCUUUAAAAAAAAAAGGUUGUUACCAGAGAUAAUAUCACUUUGGUAGUAAGUUACUAGUGGCUGGUAGGUAUCAGUUGCUAUAUUAAAAAAAUCAUAUAUUUUGCUACUCUUGCUGGGGUUUUUUGUUUUUAAAUUAUGUUCUAAAACUUAUUUCAAUUUAGGUACUUCAAUAAAAAUUGCUGCUGCUUCAGUUUUAUAUGAGGUUAUAUUAAACAGUGAUUUGAUGCCUUUUGGAAGUACAUUGUGAAAUAAACAUUAUCUUCUUUC